UAAGCAGCUGGAACCAGAAGAGUUGAAUUCCUUAAGCUUCGCAUUCUAGACACACCUAUUUUGCACAAGUCUCGUUAACCAGGAAACUGUUUCAUUCGCUCAGAGAAAGUGAAAGUUAAGUGCUGUUGAGCUGCUGUAUUUGUCUCUUGAUCUGUGUGUAAACAAAUUGAAAUGGCAGAAACCAGUUUUUCUCAGGAUCAGUUCAGCUGUGCAGUGUGUCUGGAUCUCCUGAAGGAUCCAGUGGCCAUUCCCUGUGGACACAGUUACUGUAUGAGCUGUAUUACAAGCUACUGGGAUCAGGAGGAUCAGAAGGGAGUCUACAGCUGCCCUCAAUGCAGACAGACCUUCACUCCAAGACCUGCUUUAAAUAAAAACAUCAUGCUGGCUGAAGUGGUGGAGCAACUGAAGAAGACUGAACUCCAGGCUGGACCUGAAGAUGUGGAGUCUGACGUCUGUACUCGAAGAAAACGCAAAUCUGUCAAGUCCCGUCAGAUGAGUUUGAAAGAGCGACAGAGAAAGUUUCAGCAGAGGGAGAAAGAUCUUGAGCUGAGAGAGGCUGUGGAGUCGCAUAAAGUGGUUUUGGAAGAGAGAAAGAGAACAUUCCAGCAGAGGAUCCAGCAGAGGCAGAAAGAUCUUGAGGAGCUGAGAGAGGCUGUGGAGUCUCACGAGCACUCUGCACAGACAGCAGUGGAGGACAGUGAGAGGAUCUUCAUAGAGCUCAUCCGCUCCAUUGAAAGAAGCCGCUCUGAGGUGACACAGAUGAUCAGAGAACGGGAAAGGGCUGCAGUGAGUCGAGCUGAAGGACUCAUGUAUCGACUGGAGCAGGAGAUUGAUGAUCUGAAGAGGAGACACGCUGAGCUUGAGCAGAUUUCACAUAUACAUGGUCACACCAAGUUCCUCAAGAGUUUCCAGUCUCUCGCUGUAUCUCCUGAAUCUGGAGAUGAACCCAACAUCACUCUCAGCUCUCUCCUCUCUUUUGAUGAUGUGGGAAAGUCCCUCUAUCAACUGAAAGAAAAACUGGAGGAUUUCUGUCGAGAGGAGAUAGAAAAGAUAUCUGGCAGAGUAUCAUAUGUUGAAAUUAUCCCCACCAAUGAACCCAAGAUCAGGGAGGAUUUCCUACAAUAUUCCAGUCGGUUCACUCUGGAUCCAAACACAGUGAAUAAACACCUCUGUCUGUCUGAGAGGAACAGAGUGGUUACCUUCACCGCCGGAGUCCAGCAGUAUCCUGAUCAUCCAGACAGAUUUCAUUAUUAUCCUCAAGUGUUGUGUAGAGAGAGUGUAUGCGGGCGCUGCUACUGGGAGCUUGAGUGGAGUGGGAGUGGAUUUGUGUGUAUAUCAGUGUCUUAUAUAUACAUCAACAGGAAGGGACGGAGAAAUGAGUGUGUGUUUGGAUAUAAUGAUCAGUCCUGGAGUUUGAUCUGCUCUACCUCCAGAUGCUCUUUUAGUCACAAUGACAAUCAUACUGAACUCCCUGAACUCUUCAGCUGCAGCAGAAUAGGAGUGUAUGUGGAUCACAGUGCAGGAACUCUGUCCUUCUACAGCGUCUCUGACACAAUGAGCCUCAUCCACACAGUCCAGACCACAUUCACUCAGCCGCUCUAUCCUGGGUUUGCGGUUAUUAAUGGGUCAGCAGUAAAACUCUGUGAUCUAUAGAUUAUAGAGAGCUGGCUGUAAAUAUUACUGCAAUGUGAAUUUGAGCUGCAAAUCAGGAACAGUGAAAUGAAGCUUAUUUACAAAACCAUGCAAUUACAGAAAAAAAACAGCAGUUAUACAAUAAGAUUGUAAAAGCUUAAAGCAUUAAGAACUUAAAAAUGGUUUAGAACAACAUGUUGGUAAAUGUCUUUGGAAUUAAACACAUUGUGUACAUGGCAAAAUAAUUUAAAUGAUUACCUAACUAU